AUGGUUACAAAUAUUACAGAAGCAGCUCCCGAAGCAGCUGCACCACCGGCUACAGUGGUGGAGGUGAACCCGGAGGAAGAAGGAAGCUCAGAGAUGUCGCUGUCGGAGGAAAAAAGCAGCGUUGGCGAGAAGAAGAAAUCUUCAACGUUCAAACGUUACCUGUCUGCGUUCUACCACCACAAGAUCACACAGUUCCUCAUAUCGCAGUGGUUCUUCAUAGGACUUGCCAUUUUCAUUGUAAUAGCACGAUUUGCUCCUAACUUUGCCCGAAGCGGAGGGCUUAUCAGAGGACAGUACUCGAUCGGGUACGGUGCCGUUAUUGUGAUCUUCUUGCAAAGUGGGCUCUCGAUGUCGACCAAGAAGCUUCUGAUCAAUAUGGGUAACUGGCGUGCGCAUCUUGUCGUCCUAGUCAUUUCGUUCUUGGUCACGUCGUCCAUCAUGUACGGCUUGUGCUGCGCUAUCAAGGCUGCACACAACGAAGAAAUUGACGAUUGGGUGUUGAUCGGAAUCAUCGUCACGUCCACCUGUCCAACAACCGUUUCAUCGAACGUCGUCAUGACCACGAAGGCCAAUGGUAACGCGUUGCUUUGCUUGUGCGAAGUCUUUAUCGGAAACGUUCUCGGCGCUUUCAUCACCCCAGCAUUGGUCCAGAUGUACACUUCAUCAGGCCCCAUGACUUUCGGUAAUCCUGCAACAGGCAGCUCCGUCUCCCAGUUGUAUGCAAACGUCAUGAAACAGAUCGGGCUCUCCGUGUUCGUCCCCUUGUUCGUGGGCCAGGUGCUGCAGAACAUCUGGCCUAAACAGGUCUCAUGGUUCUUGACCACUUUCAAGAUGAACAAAGUUGGGUCGUUUUGUUUGCUAUUAAUUAUGUUCUCAUCUUUCUCUACCGCAUUCUACCAGCACGCUUUCACAUCUGUUUCCCACACAACAAUCAUAUUUCUCUGCUUCUUCAACGUCGGAAUAUACCUUUUCUUUACCGUUGUGUGUUUCGUGUGCGCAAGGCCGUGGUUCAUCCCCAAAAUAUUCGACCACGAACCCGACGAAAACUCUACAAAGACUUACACUAUCUGCUACAAAAUAUUCAGGCCGUUCUAUUACAGCAAGAAGGAUACAAUCGCAGUCAUGCUUUGUGGUGCAGCAAAGACAGCAGCCCUAGGUGUCUCCUUGAUUUCCUCACAAUAUGGUGAUCAUAACCCUAAGCUAGGUACUUUGUUAGUUCCAUUGGUUCUAUACCAAAGUGAACAAGUCAUAACGGCUAAUUUCUUGGUCAACAUAAUGAAAAAAUGGGCCUCAGAUGAAGACGAAGACGGCAAUAAAAUCGUCGUGAAGCCAAACGAUGAUGAAAGUCGAAUUUCUCAAAAUAAAGAAGACGUUUCUAAGGAAAACACAGAAGACGUAGACUCACGUAGUUGA